AUGACUGUCGGUCCAUCUCUGGCAGAUCCACUGGCCAUCUUCCCGCCCGAGAUUGUCCUUCGCAUCCUGGAAUUCUCUUCCAUCUCAGCACUCGCCUCCCUCCUCGCGGUCUCCAAGUCUUGGCACCAAUUUAUCGACGUCACCCAUCAACAAGCCAUUUACGGCGCCGAAUCCAAGACAACACAACCACCCGGUGGCUCUCGCGAUUUCACCUUCCUCAAAGAUACCUCCAGCGUCUCCAAGUUCUUCGACGACACUUCAUCAUGGAAAGAUCUAUGUAAGCGCCAGACAGUGCUUGCUCGCAACUGGGCUGCGCGGCGACCGGUUAGCCACGAAUCGGUUCUACAGAUUGGCAAUGACCCGGUCUGGCGCUUUCGGGCCGACUUCAAGCGGCGAUUCUUCAUUUCCACCUCUCAUGCGGGUGGGCUGAAUGUCACAGAUAUGGAUUCGGGUCGCAUCCUCUGGCGCCUGCCCUCUACCUUCGAUCGCGACGAGGACGCCGUUCGCCCCCAUGCACAUUUGGAAUAUCAGGAUGGGAUGGCCGUUUUCGAUCGCGAGGGGGAUGCCGUCGAGGUUUGGCUGACUGGAUUGGAUGGUACCGCUCGAGGGGAGUUUCGGCGCAUUGCGAUCCUGGAUCACAAUUGCCAAACAAGAGGCUUUCAAUUGUCUUACUGGACGCUCUGUGUGGUCUCGAGUGAAGGGCAAGGAUUUGUGUAUGACAUGACCCAGUGCCCUCCCCUAUUAACCACCCGCCUCGAAAUUGAGCGAGGCGCUGUGGGUCAUUUGGACCAGUGCGAGGAUGCCGUGAUUUAUUCGAUCGGAGCGAAAGGGUACUAUGCUUACGACAAGAAGUCCGGCGCGUUCUUGGGUGCUCUGCAACCAUCCAGUUGUACGGACAAAUAUCAUAUAAGCUCUCCUCCUUCCCUCGAUGCAAGCCCAUCAUUGGAUGGUCCAGCCGAACGAGCCCCAGAUGGCCGACCCCCUCCACCCAGCGGAACUCGGCGAGAUGUCAUUACGCCAAUCGAAAUCACCAAGGGCCCUCUUCCUCCCCCGAACGACCCAGAGCACGUACGGCAUGGGGAGGAUGAAUGGGGCGCGGGCAUGUUGGAUGGCGAACUGUUCGUCGGCUUCUCCCGAGCCGGUCGGGUCUUCCUGUGCUCUGACUGGCGCAAAGCCCUGCAAGACCACUCCAAUCUGGCGACACACAGCUCGAUUAUUGAAUGCGAAUCCGAUGGUUCUACUUUCGAUCUUGGUGGUUGGUUGUCUGUUCGUGACCACCGCUUGUUAUUCGAAAUUCAAGAUCAUGUCUAUGUCGUUGCACUGGACAACAACAAUCGUCUUCAAGACCUCGACCACCCUGUGCGCGGCUCGUUCGCGAUACUUACCAACUCGGCCCCACAGCUGGCUGUCCCUGUUAGCUAUAUGACACUUUGCGAUGAUGCGAUCAUGACGACGUAUACGCAACUACAGACCCUUGGUUGGCGUCAAUCGACCUCCAAUAUUCCCGGCAGUGAUUCGAUACCGCGACGCGAGAACCCGGCUCGGAUAUUCCCCACCAAAGCUAUCCGCAUCGUGAGCUUGGCCCCUGACAUUUCGAGUUCAAAGUCGGGCCGCGACCUGGAAUCCGACUCCCCAAUCCCAAAGGCUCGAUCCGGUCCCGGCCAACCCACAGAUCAGAUGUGGCAGUCGCAGGCAGCGUUGUUGCAGCUGGUCAGUCUGUUAAGCGAUGAUCCUGGAGAGUGGGAAGACCGGGAAGCUGGCGAAGAAGACGAGGACGACGACGGCGAAAGCGAAACAUAG